CCCACACGCUCCCCGAGGCAGGAGCACACCACCAGCACACUGCACCUCCUCCGCUCGUCCACUCCCUCCUCCCGGUCCGGUCCGUAUCCGGGAUUCACCACCACCACCCACCUCCUCCAGUUAAAAUAGCCGGGCCGGUCACCCCGCUCCGCUCGCCUCGUAUCGUCCACCUCACCUCCAGUGGUGCGAAGAAACAAGUUAAAACCCCAAGAAACCUUCGUCGACGCUUCGGCUCCUGUAGGAAGGAGCGAGGGAGAGAAGAGAUGGAGAGGUGCGGGAGCUGGGACUGCGACGCGGCGGCGGCGGCGCAGGCGGCCGCGCAGAAGGCGGUGCCGGCGCCGUUCCUGACCAAGACGUACCAGCUGGUGGACGACCCGGCCACGGACCACAUCGUCUCCUGGGGCGACGACCGCGUCUCCACCUUCGUCGUCUGGCGCCCGCCGGAGUUCGCGCGCGACAUCCUCCCCAACUACUUCAAGCACAACAACUUCUCCUCCUUCGUCCGGCAGCUCAACACCUACGGCUUCCGGAAGGUGGUUCCGGAGCGGUGGGAGUUCGCCAACGAGUUCUUCCGCAAGGGGGAGAAGCAGCUGCUGUGCGAGAUCCACCGGCGCAAGACGUCCACGUCCACGGCGUCGCCGUCGCCUCCGCCCUUCUUCGUGCCGCCUCAUCACUUCCCGCUCUUCCACCCGGGCGCCCCGCACCACCACCACCACCACCAGUUCGACGACGGGGUCGUGGCGGCGGCCGCGCGCGCAGGCGUUGGCCUCGCGUUCCCGCACCACCCGCAUUGGAGGGAGCCGCACGCCGCCGCGCCUGGGCCGGUGGCCGCCACGCGGCUCCUAGCCCUGGGCGCUCCUCCUCCGGCGCCGUCGCCGUCGCCGUCUCCCUCUCCGCUGCCCUCCGCCGCCGAUGCCGGAGGCAACAACGCGGGGCGCGCGGCCACCGCGGCCGUGCUGAUGGAGGAGAACGAGCGGCUGCGGCGCAGCAACACGGCGCUGCUGCAGGAGCUGGCGCACAUGCGCAAGCUCUACAACGACAUCAUCUACUUCGUGCAGAACCACGUGCGACCCGUGGCGCCCAGCCCGGCCGCGGCCGCGUUCCUGCAGGGGCUCGGCCUGCAGGCUGCCGCGCGCAAGAAGCAGCCCACCGCCGCCGCCGCCCCCGUGUCGGCCGCGGGGCUCAACCACAACCACUCCGGCGGGAGCACCACGUCCAGCAGCUCGCUCACCAUCGCGGAGGAGCCCUCACCCCCGCCGCCGCCGCCGCAGCAGCAGGCCGACAAGAGCGGCGGCGGCGGGGAGGGUGGAAGCAGCGGCACCGCGCGGUCUGCCACCAUGCUAUUCGGCGUGCACCUCAGCGCCGCCCCGAGCGGCGCGGGCGGCACCAAGAGGCCGGCUUCCCCGGAGGAAACAGACCAGCCGCCCGCGUCGCCUGCCAGGAAGCCGCGGCUGGCGCUGGAGGGCGCCGACCUAAGCCUGACCGUCGCGGCCGCCUCGUCCCCAGCUAGCACGAGCUAGUCGGGCUGGCGCGCAAGCAGAUGCGUUUGCUUGCAUGCGGGCGCAUGCAACGGCGGGGGCGGGCCGUUUUGUUGUUCUACUAGCUCUAGCUAUAGUUCGAUCGACGUGUUCCGUUUCGACUGGUAGAUCAGAUCAGAUCAGAUGGGUUCUUGCGUUGAUGUGCCUAGUGUCUUUCGGUUAGGGUUGCUGUUAGACUUCCACUAAUUGCACUGCUGUGCCAAGCACAAACGACUGGUGUCAUUGAUCCAAGCCAUGCGCAAGUUUUUGUACAGAAGUACAGUAGGAGUACUC